AUGGGCAUGCAUGUACUCACCGAUAUUUAUGUCUUGAAGAACGAUGCGUAUGUCUGUCGCCUUGUGACUCUGUAUGCGGAUAAUGGUUCAGAAUUGGAGGCGCUUUGCGCCAGACUGCUCGCCGUAUUCACGUACACCCAGCACCUGCCCACCACAAGAUCUUUAUUCCCACCUUCUGUUCUCUCAUUUCCACUCGGGACGUCUCUGGCACUUUGUUCCACCUUCCCGCGUUACGAAGCAAUGGCACCUAGCAUGUCCACACUGGCACCCGUUGAUUCAGACACCUGUCCAUGGCUUUUCACCAUAGAAGCUCACAAGCACUUCAACGUGUACGUGUCGAUGGCAAGCAUUUUUAUUUUGGACGUCGGAGUCAAUGGGUUACCAAUACCAUUGAAAUUUGAUGCUCUGCUCGUUGAUGUUCGAACUUCGAAUCUGGGCCGGCGCCGGUUUUUUGUUUCUCUCCCGUCUAGAAUCGACUCUUGCGGCAGACAUUACGCUUUUUUCCCUAUGGUUCAGGACGAACUGUUUGGGCUGGAUAGUGCGCCUCGUCAUCUGGAUCCUCAGAGGGGAGUAAACGUGCCAGAAAUCGGAGCAGGAGUGGUGUUCAAGUGGAACGUUCCUCCUGGACGUUUACGCGGAUCCAUCGAUAGUGCACUUGCUUAUCGUGGGGGCAUGCAUGUCGUUGCGCUGAGUUGUUUUUCCAGUCGGCAAUAA